AUGGUCACCACUCUCCACUUCCCCGACCAGCAUUCGCACUGCGAUUCUCCAAAUAUCUACGAAAUGUCCCGCACUGAUAUUCCCGGCGCGGGGCUAAAGUUCGUCAUCAGUAAUACCAAGCAGAUUCACGAUGGUCAUUCACAAGUUUAUCGUGCCUCACUGGCAUGUGAAGGGCACCGCUCCGAGGACGUCGUCUGCAAGGUUGUGUUUGGAAAGCGAAAAAUCGCGAGGCUUCGCCACGAAGCGGAAAUAUACCGACAACUCCGCGGACUACAGCGCGACGUGAUCCCUGCAUGCUAUGGUCUCUUCGAAGGAGAGUUAGAAGAAGGACCGUCGGCUUGCCUGGUCACAGAAUACUGCGGAAAAACACUGGAUACCACUCUUGAUUGCCUCGAUCUACAAUUGAGGAUUCACCUCGUUGACGCCUUGACGGAGAUACACGCAGCUGGUGUACAGCAUGGCGAAUUCAGAGAAUGCAAUGUUGUUCUCUAUCAGAACCGGCAGCCGAUGAUCAUCGACUUCGACCGCGCGGAGAGGCACCAGUGUCUCUGCCACAAACCGAUUAUGUUUGAUGUAACAGAACCCUGUCGGCAUAAAUUCGGGUGCGAUGAGCUGUGGUGCAUAUGUAUUGACUGCAAGCUCUGGACACCAAACAUGGUGCGGUAUUUGACCGGAUAUGCGCAUGUAGGGUACUUGGAGAGCCCCGAACUGCUUGCCUCUCUCGCACCUGCGGAUGUUCCCGAGGAAGAAGCACUUGAGCAAGCACGUCUGGUAAUUGAAAGCUACGAGCGCAGAUAUGGGAAAUGGGCGGAUCGCAAUCCUAUGGUACGGUCAUGCGGAGGGACGGUUGCGUAG